GCGAAUGCCUAGAGGUAGGCACGGUCUCCGACGAGCUGCAGUCCCAUGCGCUCCCCCACAGACAUCGAGCUAGGAGUUCAAGUCACGUAUGCCACCGCGUGUGCUACUGCAUGGCUAGCGUGGGAUGCAGCUAUCCACUUUGAUCUGGAGAUCGAGUGUAUAUGGCGACGGCCCAGAUCUUUGGUCAAGUGGGCAUAUGCGUUCAUUCGCUAUACUCCAAUCUUGCAUGGAGGCGCACUCUUCGCCUUGGAUACCCACGCUCAUUUCUCAAGUAACGGCUGCAGAGGAUGGGUGUACGAACAGCUGAUCUUUGUCGAAGUGCUUACCUUCGUCGUGGAGGCAGUGCUCGUCAUGCGGCUAUAUGUCCUCUAUAACCAGAACAAGCUAAUCCUAUGGGCGAUCAUCUUGGCUUUCAUCGCAGAAGUCACCGUCAUGAUUGUAUGUCUCUCCAUAGUGCUACCGCAAAUGACGUUCAGCCCGGACUGCCUUGUCGCUCACGCGCCUAGCCUGUUCAUGUCUUACUGGCUAUCAUCCCUGGCUUUCGAGACGUUCCUCUUCGUCUUGACUUUGAUCAAGUUCUUCCAGAGCAUAUCUCGCAGCAAGACAUCCAUUGUAUUCAUCUUCGUAAGAGACGGUACAUGGGCUUUUGCCCUCAUCUUCGUGGCAAUGCUCUUGAACAUGCUCAUGUACAAACUAAACAAGACGCCACUGGUGGGGAUGGGCUAUGGCUGGGCUUUCGCUGCCAUGUCCUUCGCGGGCUCGCAUGUCCUAUUGAACCUUCGUCGCCUUAGCCUGCCUGAGGAUACUGGAGCCUCGAAUAUGUCAGCCAUGGCUUUCAAUCCAAGAUCUCAAGUACGCCAAGACACUACUUUACAAACUGCGCCAGAUACCACUAUUUGCGAUACCCUCACCGAGGAGAAAAUCGAGCCGGCUGCUGCUGUCGCCACUCUUCCUAUUGUAUGACAUUGCAAGAACCCGUCCUUCGAUCCUGUGCAUCUAUUGGAUCUUGCUGUCUCUUGCCUUGCCCCUCGUUCUCGUGCAUUCUCCCCUUCCAUGUGAUCUGUGACCAUAGCUUUCGGAACAUCGAUCGCUUUGGGUCGCUCCAAUCUGUUUCCUCCAGUUUCACUCUGUCAACGUUCGAACUCUAAUAAUCAGCAUCCGCCCG